AUGGAUAGGUCUGAGAAUGUAUAUGAGGACCCAGACUCGUACCAGAACCAGUUCAGAGGUAUAUAUGACACGACCUAUGAGGUGCCACUUGACGAGCCCUCUGACAUGACUGCACACUAUGAAAAUACUGAUCGAGGACAAACACCAGUUCCAGCAGAGGAAAGGCGAGGGAGUUCCUCUUCAUCCUCAUCUUCCUCAUCAUCUUCACAUGCCGAAGAGGAAGAGGCACAGAAGAUAGAAGACAGCGAUAGAGAAGAAGAAAAAGAGGAAGAGCAAAAGACAGAAGUGGAGGAGCGCAUCGCAGAGCUGAAUUUGGAAAGGGGAUCUCCUGAGUCUAAGUCUGAGUCUGAAUCUGGGUCUGAGUCUGAGCAUGAGCCUGAGCCAGAUCCUGAGCCAGAGCCUGAGCCUGAAAGAAGGAACUCAUCCAGAAGGUCUUCAUCUUCCUCAUCUUCUUCAUCAGCCUCUGAGAAAGAUGAAUCUGAUGAAAGAGAACAACUUGAAAUCACACUUUUUACAAAGGUAGGAAAGAAAUGCAUCAGAUACAACAUACUGGGUAACUCUACACUGAUUUCACUUACAUCUCAUAAUCAUUCAAUUUACAGAAGAACAACUUGUUGGCCUCAUAAUUAACAUUUCUAAUUAAAUUUACAUCAUGUAUCAGGUUAGCAAGUAUCCUCUAUUUGUUUGUGCAUGUGUGUUCAUACACUUGUGACCAAAUCUAACCGUUCUUUUUCAGGAUAGUCUUGUUUGUAUGGACAUUUUGCGAAGUCCUGAACUCCUCAGGUCGAAACUUCUAAAUAGUUUUCUGGAGUGAAAUAACAUUUUACUCUGAUGGUUCAUUUAAUUUUGCCUUGUUCCAGGUAGUCCCCAAAAAAACUUUACAGAAUGUUGUCCUCAGAAAGUACUGAAGAUAUACAUAUGUGUAGUAUACUCCAAACUGGACACGUCCUACUGUUUAGACCACCUCCCUGUUCUCUUCCACACACACACUUCUAUUAAUAGGCCUUUAUGUCAGUUCAAGUCUGGUUUUAGUGUGUGAGCGUGUUGGUGAGUCUGUUUGUCUUGUUCCAAAUUUAACCCCCAGAUGAACUGACAAGAAUGUUCUGACUCAGUGCUGGGAUAGUUGGGGAUGGUUCCCGUCCCAUGGCCAUGUGAAUUUCUGUGUGUAUGUGAGUGAGUGCGUCACACUUACAGUAUUGGUUGGUGGGCUUCCUGGAAAAAACUGUCAUUCGUUGAGUGUAAUGUACUCGAGCUGUUAAUCUAUCUGAUAGAUUCACCUUCAUGUCUUAUGCAAUAACUGCAUUCAUUACAUCAUCUGUAAAUUUAAUUCUAAAGUCCAGUUGCUCUGAAGUAUAAAAGGAUCGUAAAUCUGAUACUUUGAAACUAUUGUUGUAGCUAUAAAUUAUAUCUAUAUAACUCUAAUGACAAUAGAGUUAAAGCUGACAAGGUCUGAUGUUGGUAACUUUAUCUCACAAGAUAGUUUGCCAUUAGAUUCUAAGUAAUUAAUGAUUUAUCAUUAACCAAUUGUGAUAGAUAAAUUUGUUAGCCAGUGUGCCAAGAACCUUCAAUCUGGGGGGACUGGGACCCCAGGUGGGAGUCUGUAGUUAUGAUGGGGAGGCGUGGCAAUGUUAAAUAACUAGGUUUAUUUAGUGCUUUCUUGAGUCUUCCAACCACUCAAAGUGCUUUUGUAUCAUUUCACAUUCACACAGUGAAUCCCAAAUCCCAUUAACAGCUAGUAUCUUGCCCGGGGAUACUUCAAUAUAUUGACAGCCCUGGGAUCAAACCCUCGACCUUCCAUUUGGGAGAUGACCAACUCUACCAACUGAGCUACAGCCUCCCCUUUUGGUCUUUUCAAAGAUUUCUCAGUAGUUGUACCAGUAAGAAAGGCUUUUCUUGAGUGUAUUUUCCCUUUAUGAAGUUGAAGUGAUUCCUAAGAGAUGCCUUGGGUUUCCACCAGCUAAGCCAGCAAAACAGAAGAAGAUGAAGCGUGACCUUAAAAGUUUGAUUUGCUGAUGCUGAUGAGGUGGCGAUGUUACAGUAAGUGUUAGCUCCUACACAUGUCAGGGAAAUGUGUGUGCAUGUGAAAGUUGCUGCCAGUUAAGCCAAAGUUCAUCAGGGAUAUGUUAUCCUAAGUUGACCCAAAGUUAAUAAAGUUCAUUAUUAAUAAGUUGUCCUAAGUUGACCCAAAGUUGAUAAAGUUCAUAUCAGGUGUUGGUGCAGGUUGUUCUUGAGCUUUGUGACCUUGAAGGUGCUGAGACGAUUGGUUAAGUUGUCAUUUGCAGAAGUUUUUGAUGUACAGGGUGUCAGCCAGAUUUCCAACAGGGGUAGAAAUGCACAAGUGCAGCCUUUGGCCAGGAUCCAGCUGGACUUUAUAAGUGGUCUAAAACUAAAGAACUUAUAGACCACUAUGGUGACCACAUAUGACAUAUUAACUCAUAGUUCUGAUGAACUCUGUCCAACUUCCAUACUCCAUGAAGCCAUUAGUCAGUCCUCCCCAAGGCAGCUGUAGUAGUUAAGGUUAAGGCAGCUAAGGUAGUUCACCACCACCAAGGUGUGACUGUGUGAGCGAAUGAAUGAUGUAUCCAAUGUAAAGCGCUUUGAGUGUCUCUGAUAAAGUGCUGGAUGAAAUUUGAUGCAUUUUUCACAUUUGACCAGCCUCUGUUGAAAAUCUACUGAGCACCACAUGUUUGAGCUUAAACACUUAACCGGUCAAAUGAUGUAAAUCUCAUUUCGAAUUGGGUCACACAUGCUGAGUUUAAAUUUUGAUCAUUUCUUUAAAUAGUUGGGCACAGCAGUUUCUUGUAAGUGUUGAAAAUGGGAAAGAAUUGAAUUUGAUGAGGACUGUGCUGUGCUGCUCUGAAUAUGUGGGGACAAUAGUGAAUAGACGUCUCCGCUCAUGCUCUGCAGUUCAAACACAGGCUGAGAAUUCACAACAUGGGACCCAUGGGUGCUGACGAGUCGGAAAUAGAGUGGAUGACUCCUGAUGAUUCAAAGUCACUAGGUUGAGUUCCUAAUCAGAGCUCUUCAAGAUGGGUGGAGCAGGGCACCCUUGGGUGACUUGGGUCUGCCCUUUCCCUCCUGGCUACAUUAAUGGCUUCAGUGACGCUCCCUCCCUUCCCCUUCUCUCCCCACCCAAGGGGGUUAUUUUUGCCCAGCCCCUUUGCUGAGGCCCGGGGUACAAAUUCAACCUCUCACAUUCACUCUCUCUAUCUCCUGUUCCCACACACACACACACACACACACUCAUGUUGGCUUCCGUCCUCAGCUGACACUCUAACACAGCUGCUAUGGGACCAAGCGGACCUCAGCUCAUGGACCAGGAGUAGAGUCACACACACAGGCAAACACAGCUACAUAUUUUGGGAAACAAACACACUCAUAAAAAGGGGCUUUCUUUUCUUAACCAUGACUGAUUCUGCAGCCGAGGACGACAAGGACCCUGAUAUUGAGCUUUUUGUCAAGGUAGGAAAUUUCAUCUGCGCUUGUUUAAGUGUUUACAUCAGAGUUGAACAAAGGAUCAUGUUUGUGCUUAAAUCUUGAUUACAUUCCUGCACAGACUUCACAAUCUGAUUUAAGAGUCUGCUCAUAAAAGUGAUAUUUGGACAGCUUGUGUACAGUAUGGACUCUAAAAAAUGUAGGGUAUAUAUUGGGGUACGCUGGGCUGGCCCCUUUAAGCGCGUGCAUGCUGUGUUGUUGUUGUUGUGUGCUGAUUUUCCAUGUGUUAACCUGACACCCACGUGCAUUGACAAUCUCUCUCUUUCUCUCUCCUCAUGAAUUAUUACUGGGAUCCUUUCAGUAUUGAGAGCAGCCGCUUUAAAUAGGCUGAAAUUAAUAAUCUUUUGGAUUGGCGUGCCCAUGCAGUUUAAAAAUAAAGUUGAAAAUUUGAUAUAUAGACCUGCGGCUGAUACAAACUGUGUUUGAAAACUGAGAGUUUGACAGUCUGAUGAGUGUGCGGCGUGUGCACUGGUUUGAGCCUUUGAUCAUGUUGUACAACAAAGUUUUAAAUUGUAAGAUUAAUCAUUAUCAAUGUGUGUUUUUAUAGUACAGUUGACAGCAUAACUGCAUUGAUAAGUGAUAUCGUUUCUCUUGAACAUGACAGAAGCUAGACCUUAUCACAAAGUUCGGCACUUAUGUAAAUUAUACGUUAUCUUUGGCUCAACAGCUAAAACAUGAUUUGCAUUUGAAGUUGAGUAAAUCAUUAGAAAUCAAGUAUGAUAAAUGGAUUCAUUCCCCUACGACAAAAUAUGUCAGUAUCAUUGGUAUGAGAAACUUUCUUGUGAAAUUACACAAUUUCCUGUUUAUUUUCUGUGGCUGAUACACUACAGUAUUUAGAGAACAAGAAGUUCAUACAUGCAGUGAUGCGGCUAAUGGAGCCAGCGUGGAUUAUUCAUGUUGGACUUGGCAUCUCAUUACAGUCUCCUGUUGCAGCUUUACACACAUAUACACACACAGCAACAAACACAUGUACAUGCACAUUUGCUUUUCUGUAUCUUAUUAUAAAGCCUUGACACAUAUACUGUAUGUGUGUGGACGAGUUUGUGAGUAAAUGUACACAAGUAUGAGAGCUGGAGUGAGUCAGCAUGACAAGCAUGGACAGUCUUUGAAGGUUUGUGUUAAAACGGACUAGCUUGACUCCAUUUGUGUACUGAACUCCAUUUGUGCUUCAGCUUAUGUCUGACCACGUGUCCAUGUGUGUAUUUGUGUUUAGGCUGGAAUUGAUGGGGAGAGUAUUGGAAACUGCCCGUUCUCUCAACGCCUUUUUAUGAUCCUGUGGUUAAAGGGUGUUGUCUUCAAUGUCACCACUGUUGACCUCAAGAGGUAACAAGUUACAGUGUAUUUUUUGUUGUGCUUUGUAUCAUAAUGAAUUGAAUUAUACAGUUUCCUAUCCCAUAUUGUAUUGCAUUUUAUCCUAUUGUAUCGUAUUGGUUUGAUCCAAGCAUAUCAAUGUGAAUCAAAUCAAAAUUUGCUACCCUAAUCUAUCCAAUCCAAUCCUGUCCUCACAUAUCGUAUUGUAUUGCAUUGUAUCAAUCGGAUCCCCACAUAUCAUAAUGAAUCAAGUCAUAAAAUGUCCACCCUAUCCUAUCAUCAUAAAAAAGGAGUUAUCAUUUAAUUUCCUUUUCUAUCCUUUCUUGUUAUAUUAUAUUAUAUUACAUUGUAUCGUAUUGACAGUACUGGGUUGUAUCAACUCAGUCAGAUCCUAGCGUAUGAUCAAGUCAUACAAUCGAGUCAUAUAAUUUCCUAUAUGACUUGUCAUCAUAUACUCUCGUAUCAUAUUGUAUCCAUUGUAAUGUAUUAUACUGAUCUGAUCCUAGCAUUUGUAUUAUUAUAUUUUAUAUAGACGCAUAUCAUGUUCUUUAUUGUCAAGUAAAGCAUGAUGAAACUUGACCCUUAAUAGAGAGGAAAUAAAAGCUCCAGAAUGACACUCCUGGUUUGAUUAUAUGAGUUAAACUUGAAUAAAUUUUUGUAUCUCACCAAAAAAUAAGUGUCUAAGCAGUUACUGUUUGAUCUUAUCAAAGAUUUGAAAACAUUAACAUGUAAAAGAUGUGUAUUCUCUUUGUGAAAAGUCUGUACUGUUUGACUGAAUUGUAAACUUAAGUUUUAACUGCAGCUAAGUUGUUGAAUAUUCCACUCCCAGCAGAUUCUGACCAAACAGGCACAGAAACUUUUACAAUGGCCAGUUUCAAAAUAAUAGUUUAUUUUAAAAUCAUUACAUAUUUGUGUUAGGGAUCGUAAAAUGGUUUAAAUAUGUUUUUUUAGGAAACCUGCUGACCUUCACAACCUGGCUCCAGGGACCCACCCGCCCUUCCUCACCUUCCAGGGAGAGGUUCUCACUGAUGUUAACAGAAUAGAGGAGUAUCUGGAGGACCGACUGGCUCCACCAAAGUAGGCACACCCCCCAUGAACCCGCACAGAAAAAGAUAACAGAAUGAAAACACUCAUACUGUGUCUUCUUGUUUCUUAGAUAUCCCAGACUUGCAGCAAGGAACCGUGCGUCUAACAUAGCAGGGAAUGACAUUUUUGCCAGAUUCUCGGCUUAUGUCAAAAACACAAGACCAGACAAAAAUGGGGGUAAGCUGCAGAUGUCUUGCAACCAAUUGGUUUGGUGCUGCUUGAGGUUUCUACCUGCUAAAAGGAAGCUUUGACUUUCCUCUGUUUCUAACCUCUUAAUCUUGACUAUGUUUUAUGUGUGUGUAUCAGCACUCGAAAAGGCUCUCGACAAGGCCCUGGCAAAACUGGAUGAUUUUCUCAACACACCCUUACCUGAUGAGCUUGAGUCUGGACGCUACAAUGGUGGAGGCACAUCUGACCGCAAAUAUCUGGACGGAGACCAGCUGACACUGGCUGAUUGCAAUCUCCUUCCUAAACUCCAUGUUGUCAAGGUAACCUGCUUUAUCUAUGAUUAUUGGGUUAUUCUCAGGUUGGUUUGAUAUAUUUUAAUUUGUGUAGUCGGUCACAGCAGAUGGCCGUUCAUGAAUCACUCUGGUUCUGCUCAAGGUUUAGUUCUAUGAGUUUCUCCUGUGAUGAUGUAAUAACAGGAGUGAACGGUAGCCGGUAGUAGUAACAUUCAGGUAGCCAAUCAAAACAGUGCAUCAGUGUCGCAGCAUCCCGCACACUGAGAUCAAAGCAUGUGUUCCAAAGGUGGAAACUGAGAGGCUGCAGAUCUCCUACAGUGGCUAUAUAAAACCUAGCUUAAACGGCCUAAAGGACAUGUUGCAGGCUGCUGAAAAUACAUUUACGUAUAUAAAUGAGACCUUUGAGAAUCAUGAGAUUACUUUUCUGUGAUUAACUAAAUCGUUGUUAUCUAAUAUGUUUCUUUUGCCAGGUGGUUGCCAAGAAAUUCAGAAACUAUGACAUCCCAUCUGAAUUCAGAGGGAUAUGGCGUUACCUUGGCAAUGCUUACAGCCGAGAUGAGUUCACCAACACGUGCGCGGCUGACAUGGAAAUCGAGCAAGCCUAUAAGGAUGUUGCAAAGAGGUUGGGGAAAUGA